ACAUCUAUUGGAACCCAUACAGAAUUCGUUCAUAGCUCAUACUAUUAUUGCUCUCUCUCCCCUUCUACGAGCAAAAACCUAUUUCUUUCAUCGAUCAGCCUGUGGUGAUCAAAUUAAAUUACUGAGGUCAAAUUAAGGUUCUGUUCGGGAAGAAGAAGAUGAAGUUCACAGCUAUGGUGCUGCUAUGUGCUCUUUUCCUCAGCUCCUCUUUCUUUGAGUCCACCAUGGCCGGUUCAAGCUUCUGCGACUCGAAAUGUGCGGUGAGGUGCUCGAAGGCGGGAGUGCAGGAUAGGUGCCUCAAGUAUUGCGGCAUCUGCUGCGAGAAGUGCAAUUGCGUUCCCUCAGGCACGUACGGCAACAAGGACGAGUGCCCUUGCUACCGUGACAUGAAGAAUUCCAAGGGCAAGCCCAAGUGCCCCUAAAAUCCCCAAACCUAUCGCGAAGAUUAAAUUAUCAUUACUCACUGAAUCAAUUGGAUAAUACAUAAUUCGGUGGGGGUAUGGUAAUAUGUAAUUUUACUGUUAAUAAUGGGUGUCCUUCAAUUUCCGGAGGGAAAGGAUAAAUUGAUCUUGUGGAUGUUGGGAUAUAUAUAUUAUAUUAUGUUUUAAUGUUUACAUUUGCUGGGGUCAUAUAUAUGUCUCGUUGUAUUUGAAUGAGUUUCUAUUAAUAUAUAGGUACAUAUACAUAUAUAUAUAUAUACAUGUGUUUCUAGUUUA